CUUUUCACAGCGUUGGCCUCUGAGUUCUCAGGGGCUGGCUGUACACUUAGGUUACAUCCUUUUUUUCCCCCACUUACACACACACACACACACGUUUUUCUUGUACCCGGAACUUUUCUGUCCUGGUCUGAGUGACCAGGUGAAGAGAGGAGAGGAGCUGCAGUCCUUAGGAUUGGUGUUUCUGGAGGAGAGAGGAGCCUGAGACGAGUCUUCAUCAUGGCUCGGGAUUUUAACAUCCUCCAAAUUUUUGUGCUCCUUCAGGUGCUGUGUCUGGCUCUGGCUCAAGUGACUGGCCCACCCGGAGCUCCGGGCCCUCGCGGUCCCCCCGGCCCUGCAGGUACCCCCGGAGCUGACGGCAUCGAUGGUGACAAGGGCCCUCCCGGGCCUCCUGGACCUCCUGGUCAGAAGGGAGAGGCAGGCCAGCCGGGCCCAGACGGUCCUCCUGGGGAAGAUGGAAUUGAAGGUCUGACUGGAGGAAAGGGUGAAAGAGGUCCCCUUGGAAAUCCUGGACCAAAGGGUCUACCAGGGCCUACUGGUCCACAAGGACCAGCUGGACCUGGGCUUCCUGGACUUCCUGGACCAGCAGGUCCGAUUGGGCUUCCUGGGGAAAUUGGAAUCCCUGGAGCCAAGGGAGCUACGGGACUUCCAGGACCACCAGGUUUGCCAGGACCUCCAGGGAAACCUGGGCCACCUGGGAAGUUCUUGGGUUUAGAAGAAGGCAGUGCUGAUUUCCAGUGUCCAACUAACUGUCCACCUGGGCCUAAAGGUCCUCAAGGCCUGCAGGGCAUGAAGGGUCAUAAAGGUCGUGCUGGUAUAUUAGGAGCUCCAGGAAACAUUGGAAAGCAGGGCAUAAAGGGAGAUGUUGGGAUCUCUGGUGAGCAAGGAAUACCAGGCCCUCCAGGUCCACAGGGGUUGAGAGGCUAUCCAGGAAUGGUUGGGCCCAAAGGAGAGAGAGGCCCUCAAGGUUACAAAGGUAUUACUGGACCCAUUGGACUUCCUGGAAUCCCUGGUAAAGAGGGAGCUCGAGGUCCUCCUGGAGAAGCCGGGGAAAAAGGUGAUAAGGGUGACCAAGGCAUCAGAGGACUACAGGGAGCAGUUGGAAAGAAGGGAGAGAGUGGUCUCCCAGGGAUUGAUGGCAAAGAUGGCACCCCUGGCAUUCCAGGAAUCAAGGGUGCUCUAGGACAGAAUGGACGACCUGGUCCACCAGGUCACCAGGGGACAGCAGGUUUGCCUGGAAGUCCUGGCACCAAAGGUGGUAUGGGUGCUAAGGGUGAGCCAGGACCUAGAGGUUUUGUAGGAAUGUCUGGUGCUCCUGGUCCCCAGGGUGAGCCAGGGCCACCAGGUGAAGCUGGUAUGAUCGGAGUUCCUGGGCCAAAGGGUGACAGAGGUGAGAGAGGACCUGUUGGGAUUCAGGGAAUCAUUGGCAAGUCUGGAAUUAAAGGUGAAAGAGGGCCAAUUGGUGUACCAGGACCUCAAGGCCUUACUGGAACCAAAGGUGAUAAGGGAUUCCAAGGCAAAGUGGGAGCAAAGGGAGACUUUGGCGAUCCAGGGGUAGAGGGAUUGGCUGGAGAAAAGGGAGAAAAGGGGCUGUCUGGUGAACCCGGUCCCAAAGGACAGCAAGGAGUGAGGGGUGAUCCAGGACACAACGGCCCUACAGGCGAUUCUGGCAAACCUGGAGAUCUGGGUCCUCCAGGUCUUCCUGGACCACGAGGUCUCCAUGGAGUGAGAGGUGCACCGGGCAUGCCAGGAAUACAGGGACCAGCUGGUCACGAUGCCACAGAUCAACACAUCAUUGAGGUGGUCUUGAAGAUGCUACAGGAAAGGUUAGCUGCUUUAGCAGUGAGCUCUAAGAGGGGAGUACUAGGAGGAGCUGGAGUAAUGGGACCACCAGGUCCUCCAGGACCUCCCGGACCUCCAGGUCCUCAGGGGACCCAUGGCCUUAGCGGUACACGAGGCAUACCUGGCAUGAUCGGAGCUGCAGGCCAAAUCGGGAACACUGGACCUAAAGGAAGGAAAGGUAUAAAAGGAUUGAGAGGAGACCCCGGUCGCCCUCAUCCAGGUCUACCAGGACCACCCGGCCUUUCAGGUCCUCCUGGUGUGGAUGGAGUUGCACGAGAUGGCAAACCGGGAGAAAGAGGGCCUCAGGGUGCAUCAGGUCAACCAGGUUAUCCCGGAAAAGCAGGUCCUCCUGGCCUCCCUGGCUUCUGUGAAAUGGCAGCAUGCCUGGCAGCAUCAGCUUACACGUCCCCACGACUCCAGGAAGCUGGCACAGUCAAGGGACCGUCCACUUAAAGCCUUAAAACAUCAGAGAUAUAAGAAGACAAACACACAGCCCUUUCCUUCCUGGGACACCAGCAUGGUGCAACAGUCCUGAGUGGCUGACUUUACAGUUUAGUUUGACAUUGUGUGUGUGUGUGUGUGUGCGCGCGUGUGUGUGUGUAUGAAAGAGUGGUGACUAGGGUUCAUGAAAACUGUAAUCUAGGCUCGGCGCCGUCCCACCAUGAGUGCAACGAGAUGUCAUCAUUUGGACAUCAAGAUGACAGUCAGAUCCUUGGGAAGCCGUAACUCAGAGACUGAAAUCCACUCUCUGGUGCCAUUCCUUAUUUGUAGUGGUCACUACAUAUGUUGUGUUUAUAAAAAAAAAAAAAUCGAAGAAUUUUACUUGACUUAUUAAUAAAACAGGACAUGGCCAAGACUUCACCUCAAAGUUUAAGAACAGUAAUAAUAGUAAUAAUAAAAAUCCCAUAACAAUAGUGUUUAAUUUUGUAACUUAUUGUUAAUAACCUCAUGGAAAUUCUUUUAAGCUUAUAGAUGCUGUGUACAUUACGCCCCUCUGUAUGAGCCUAGAAAUAAACAACCUUAUUCUACUCUUUGCCCAGCCAACAGUACUGUAAAUCUUUGUAAAUGAUGCACGUGUGCUAAUUUUGUACUAAUAUGAAUCGGGUGGGUUUACAAUAUGGACAGGAACCUGAAUUUAAUAUAAUCAGCAUUCGGAACUGAUCAAGAGUGUAAAUAAUCACGAACUGAUUAUUUACAAUAACACCCUAUUUAUUUGGUUCAUCUGUAAACACUUUCUCUUUUCAUGGUCCAUGAAAAAUCGAAUCAAUAAAGAGGAACCUUUUGUAA